AUGAUUGAAAGCUUGGAUAUCAAUCAGAUAAUAACAAAAGCGGCAAAUCGGUUUGUAGGUGAACCAAUUUGUGUGAUAGUUUUAGGAAUGGGUGGGUCUGGGAAGACUACAUUCGUAGGAAAACUUGCACAAUUGGCUUAUGAUCAAUUCAAGCCAUAUGUUAUUAAUUUGGAUCCUGCUUGUGUACAACCUCCAUACGGUUGUAAUAUUAAUAUCCACGAUACAGUUGAUGAAAUCACUGAACAAUACAAUUUCGAAACAAAGGGCUUAGUAGAAACAGCAGUCAAUCUAUUCGCCAUACAGAUUGAAAAAGUUUUGAAGUUCAUUAAAAAUGCUGGACAAAGAGGACAUAGAUGGUGUAUCAUUGAUGCUCCAGGUCCAGCAGAAGAAUUCGUUUGCUCUACUGCAGGCACAAUAAUCACUAAAUCAUUGGCCUGUAUGUUUCCUACAAUUGUCGUUUAUAUAAUGGAUAUUGUACGAUCCGUGAAUCCAGUAACAUUUGUGACUCACAUGUUACAAGUUAUGACGAUAUUGCGUAAGACACGUCUACCAUUCAUUGUGGCACUAAAUAAGAUUGACGUGCUGGAUCAUUCUACUCCUUUGAAUUGGAUGAAAGAUUUUGAAGCACUUGAUGAAGCGACAUUGCAUCAUAGCAUAACUGGUCUACCACACUUAGUUUCGCGAACAGCGGACACAUUUUACAAAACCCUCAGUAGGUGCGCAAUUUCUUCGAUAACUGGAGUUGGGUUUGAUGAUUUCUUCCACUGCGCUGCUGAAGGCGUGAAGGAAUACGAAAUUUGCUUCAAAGUGGAAUACAAUGACUUACAUUUUCGCUUGAAGUUUGAAGAGGAAAUCAAUAUUGCAGCUGACCAAUUAUUAGAAAGAAUACGUCCAGUUGAAAUCACAUUGAACUUAUCCAUAAAAGAGAUCCCUACUGGUGCAGUACGUACGGAUGGAUGUAUGAAAUGUGACCGUAAUGCUAGUUCAAAGGACGAUAAGGGUGAAGACAAGCCAACGCCUGAUAGCAUUUUUGAUACAAAAUUUGAUGAAUAG